GGUGCCUUAGCGGUGGAAGUUCGUGCCAAAGACCAAGAGAUACUGAAUAUGGUAUCUGUCCUGCACGAUGCAGACACCGUGUUAUGCUGCAUUGCCGAGAGAGCCUUUAUGAAACAUUUGGAGGGUGGAUGUAGCGUCCCUGUCGCCGUCAACACCAUGCUGAAAGAUGGCCAGUUGUAUUUGACAGGAGCGGUCUACAGUUUGGAUGGAUCUGAUAGCCUAAAGGAGACCAUGCAGACCAGCGUUCAUUAUCCCCAACAGAAUGAAGACGGACCAAACGACGAUGUGCAGCACGUCGGCAUCACGGCCAAGAACGUCCCUGGUCGGGCCCAGGACGCUGCAGAGAACCUUGGUGUUGAACUAGCUAGUUUGCUUCUAAGCAAGGGAGCUAAGCAUAUCCUUAGUGUGGCAAGGCAGCUCAACGAUGCCCGCUAA